AGAAAAAGAGAGACAAAGAGAAAGCUUCGUCACCAACCUGAGGAAAAACGAAACAGAAAAAGAAAUUAACACAAACACCAUUUUUAUUUUUAUAAAAAUGGAAAAGAAUAACGAGGGUUGAAAAAAAAAAAUAUUUUCCCUUAGGGUUUGACUGGGAAUUGCGACAUCUGGUGUGGCCCAAAUAGUGGAAUCACCGAUUCCGUCAAGUUCGGUUCUCUGCAGGGAAAGAUCUGUCCCCAAUUGCCCGAAAGUUGCGGAUUCUGGAGAGAGAAAGUGGGUGUCAGUAGCUGCAGCUAGAGAGAGAAAAUUGUAUUUUUUUUGAACGUUGGGAUCGGAGGGAAAAAAUGGGGUUUUAUUGAAAUUUGGAGGGAUUUUGAGGUGGUGAAUUCUGGGGUGGUUGCAUGCAAUCUGGGGGCGGUGCCGGUGGUGGACCGGGCCGGAAUCCGGCGGGUCGGGCGGCGUCAACGUCAUCAGCGGCUGCUUCGCCGUCGUCUUCGUCAUCGGCGGCAUCACACUUGGGAUUGGAGUCAUUGCAGCAGCAACAGCAGCAGAUAGGUUCUAGGCAGUCAUUUCAACAGCAACUGCUUAGAAAACCUGAAGGGAGUGAAGCAUUUUUGGCAUAUCAAGCAGGUCUUCAAGGAGUAUUUGGGAGUAACAAUUUCUCAUCUAGUUCCAUGCAUCUGCCUCAGCAAUCUCGAAAAUUUGUUGACUUGGCUCAGCAUGGCUCCAACCAGGGUCAAGGCAUUGAGCAGCAAAUGCUAAAUCCUGCACAAGCAGCAUACUUUCAAUAUGCACUGCAGGCUUCACAACAAAAGUCUGCUCUGACAAUGCAGUCACAGCAGCAACCUAAAAUGGGAAUGUUGGGCCCUUCAUCCGCAAAGGAUCAGGAAAUGCGAACAGGAAAUUUGAAAAUGCAAGACCUUAUGUCCAUGCAGGCAGUGAAUCAAGCCCAAGCAUCGUCAUCAUCUAGAAAUUCAUCUGAACAUUUUCCCCAUGGGGAAAAAAGGAUAGAGCAAGGGCAGCAGCUAGCACCUGAUCAGAAGAGUGAAGGAAAGCCUUCAAGCCAGGGACCAUCUGUGGGAAACUUAAUACCUGGAAAUAUUACAAGACCUGUGCAAGCUCUGGCAACUCAACAAAGCAUCCCAAAUUCUAUGAGCAACCAGAUUGCCAUGUCUGCUCAAUUGCGGGCUAUGCAAGCAUGGGCACAUGAACGAAAUAUUGAUCUAUCACAUCCUGCAAAUGCUAACUUAAUGGCUCAGCUCAUUCCGCUGAUGCAGUCAAGGAUGGCUCAACAACCAAAGGCAAAUGAUACCAACUUAGGUGCACAGUCAUCAUCUGUCCCUGUUUCAAGCCAGCAGGUUUCUUCUCCAGCAGUUGCAAGUGAGGGUUCAGCACAUGCUAAUUCAUCUAGUGAUGUGUCUGCACAGUCAGGUUCUGGAAAAGCCAGGCAGACGGCUCCACCCAGCCAUUUGAGCCCAUCAUUCACUGCUGCUAUAGCUGGUAGCUCUAGUGACAUGGCAGUUCAGCAAUUCAGUCUUCAUGGCAGAGACACUCAAGGGUCUUUGAAGCAUUCUGGUAUAAAUGGAAAUGGAAUGCCUUCUCUGCAUCCACAUCAGUCCUCUGCAAACAUGAACUUAGGUGCAGAUUAUCCUCUGAAUGCAAGAGCUUCAUCAUCUGGUCCAGAACCUGGGAAAAUGCAGUACAUGAAGCAAUUAAACCAAUCUACUUCUCAGGCUGGAGGUCUGACAAUUGAAGGUGGUUCAGGAAAUUACACCAAAACUCAAGGGGGACCUUCUCAGAUGCCUCAACAACAUAGUGCUUUUACCAAACCACAGCUUCAUGUUCUUAAGGCACAAAUACUAGCAUUUAGGCGUCUGAAGAAAGGAGAAGGUACGCUCCCGCAAGAACUUCUUCGGGCCAUCAUUCCACCGCCUCUUGAUUCGCAAGUGCAGCAGUCAGCUCAUUCUGCAGGAGCACAAAAUCAAGAGAAAUCUGCUGGAAAUAUUGUGAAUAAGUCCAAUUCCAAGGAUCCACAACCUAUCCCAUCGAUUAAUGGUAAGAGCUCUUCAAAGCUGGAAGCCUUAGUCAGAGAUGAGAAAUCCACUGUGACAGCAGUUCAUAUGCAACUCACACCUCCUGUGACAAAGGAAUCUGCUGGAAAGGAAGAGCAGCAGUCUGUCAUAUGCUCUGCUAGGUCGGAUCGGGAAAGUGAACAUGGAAUUAGCAGAACUUCUGUUAGAAAUGAGUUAGUAUUAGAUAAGGGAAAAGCUGUUGCUGCUCCCCAGGCUUCUGUAACUGAGGCCAUGCAACUUAAUAAACCUGCACAGGCAAGUGCUGUUGCUGGGCCAAAGGAUCUGGGAUCCACAAGAAAAUAUCAUGGACCACUAUUUGAUUUUCCUUUCUUCACUAGGAAACAUGAUUCCCUUGGGUCAUCAAUGAUGGCAAGCAACAGUAUGUCGUUGGCAUAUGAUGUGAAAGAGCUUCUGUUUGAGGAAGGUGUGGAGGUUUUUAGCAAGAGAAGAACAGAGAAUUUAAAGAAGAUUGAAGGUUUACUGGCAGUAAACUUAGAGAGGAAAAGAAUUAGGCCAGAUCUUGUGUUGAGGUUGCAAAUUGAAGAGAAAAAGCUUCGCCUUUUAGAUCUUCAGGCACGUUUAAGGGAUGAGAUUGAUCAACAGCAACAAGAGAUAAUGGCAAUGCCAGAUAGGCCAUAUCGCAAGUUUGUUAGGCUGUGUGAACGUCAGCGAAUGGAACUUACUAGACAAGUGCAGGCAUCUCAGAGAGCUUUAAGGGAAAAACAGCUCAAAUCCAUUUUCCAAUGGCGCAAGAAGCUUCUUGAAACACAUUGGACCAUUCGUGAUGCCCGUACUGCUCGCAAUAGGGGCGUGGCCAAAUAUCAUGAAAGGAUGUUGAGAGAGUUCUCAAAGCGUAAGGAUGAUGACAGAAAUAAAAGGAUGGAAGCCUUAAAAAACAAUGAUGUUGACAGAUACAGGGAGAUGUUGCUGGAGCAGCAGACUAGUAUGCCAGGUGAUGCUGCGGAGAGAUAUGCUGUUCUUUCAACUUUCUUAACUCAGACUGAAGAGUAUCUUCAUAAAUUAGGAAGUAAGAUAACUGCUGCUAAGAAUCAACAGGAAGUGGAGGAGGCAGCAAAAGCUGCUGCAGCUGCUGCUCGAUUGCAGGGUCUUUCUGAAGAAGAAGUCAGAGCAGCAGCAGCCUGUGCUGGAGAGGAAGUGAUGAUUAGAAAUCGUUUUAUGGAGAUGAAUGCUCCUAGAGAUAGUUCAUCAGUGAGCAAGUAUUACAGCCUUGCUCAUGCUGUGAGUGAGAAGGUUUUAAGUCAACCAUCAAUGUUACGAGCUGGAACACUAAGAGACUAUCAGCUUGUUGGUUUGCAAUGGAUGCUUUCUUUGUAUAACAACAAAUUAAAUGGAAUUUUGGCGGAUGAGAUGGGUCUUGGCAAAACUGUACAGGUUAUGGCUUUAAUUGCGUACUUGAUGGAGUUUAAAGGAAACUAUGGCCCUCAUCUUAUAAUAGUCCCAAAUGCUGUUAUGGUUAACUGGAAGAGUGAGUUGUAUACUUGGUUACCAUCCGUAUCAUGCAUUUUUUAUGCUGGAGGGAAGGAUUACCGGUCAAAAUUAUAUUCUCAAGAGAUUCUGGCUAUGAAAUUUAAUGUCCUUGUGACUACUUAUGAGUUCAUCAUGUAUGAUCGUGCAAGGCUUUCAAAAAUUGAUUGGAAGUAUAUCAUAAUUGAUGAAGCACAGAGAAUGAAGGAUAGAGAUUCAGUUCUAGCUCGUGAUCUUGAUAGAUAUCGUUGUCAAAGACGCCUGCUUCUAACAGGAACACCUUUACAGAAUGAUUUGAAGGAACUUUGGUCGCUUUUAAAUUUACUUCUUCCUGAGGUUUUUGACAAUAAGAAAGCCUUUAAUGAUUGGUUCUCAAAGCCAUUUCAAAAGGAAGGCCCCACUCAAAAUACAGAGGAUGAUUGGCUUGAGACUGAGAAAAAAGUUAUCAUUAUCCAUCGGCUUCAUCAGAUUCUUGAGCCUUUCAUGCUCAGGCGACGCGUUGAAGAUGUUGAGGGUUCACUACCACCGAAGGUUUCUGUAGUUUUACGUUGUAAGAUGUCAGCUGUCCAGAGUGCCAUCUAUGACUGGGUCAAAUCAACUGGUACCCUGCGUCUUGAUCCCGAGGGUGAGAAUGGUAAGAUUCAAAAGAAUCCUCUAUACCAGGCAAAAGAGUAUAAGACUUUAAAUAACAGAUGUAUGGAGCUACGUAAAACUUGCAAUCAUCCAUGUCUUAAUUACCCAUUUCUUGAGGAAUUAUCUACGAGUUUAAUUGUAAAAUCUUGUGGGAAAUUGUGGAUCCUGGAUAGAAUCCUCAUAAAGCUUCAAAGAACUGGUCAUCGAGUUUUGCUGUUUAGUACCAUGACAAAGCUCCUAGACAUCUUGGAAGAUUAUCUGAAUAGGCGAAGACUUGUGUACAGAAGAAUUGAUGGGACAACUAACUUGGAAGAUCGUGAAUCAGCUAUAAUGGACUUUAAUAGCCCUGAUUCAGACUGUUUCAUCUUCUUGCUUAGUAUUCGAGCUGCUGGGAGAGGCCUUAACCUCCAGUCUGCUGACACAGUUGUCAUUUAUGAUCCUGACCCAAACCCUAAAAAUGAGGAACAGGCUGUGGCCAGAGCUCAUCGGAUUGGGCAGAAAAGAGAAGUCAGAGUUAUCUACAUGGAAGCUGUUGUUGACAAAAUCUCUAGCCAUCAUAAGGAGGAUGAACUGAGAAGUGGAGGAACUGUGGAUAUGGAGGAUGAACUUGUGGGUAAGGAUCGCUAUAUAGGAUCCGUUGAGAGCCUCAUAAGGAACAAUAUUCAACAAUAUAAGAUAGAUAUGGCUGAUGAGGUUAUUAAUGCUGGGCGUUUUGAUCAAAGAACAACACAUGAAGAGAGACGUUUGACUUUAGAGACAUUAUUACAUGAUGAAGAAAGGUAUCAAGAAAUGGUCCAUGAUGUUCCUUCUCUUCAGGAGGUAAAUCGCAUGAUUGCUAGGAGUGAAGAGGAACUCGAAUUGUUUGAUCAAAUGGAUGAAGAACUGGAUUGGCCUGGGGAGAUGAUGCAACAUGAUGAGGUGCCUGAGUGGCUUCGAGCUAAUACACUAGAAGUGAAUGCUGCUAUUGCUGCUUUAUCUAAAAGACCAUCAAAGAACACUUUAUUGGGUGGUAGUAUUGGCAUGGAAUCCAGUGAGGUGGGUUCUGAAAGGAGAAGGGGACGGCCCAAGGGAAAAAAGCAUCCUAAUUAUAAAGAGUUGGAAGAUGAAAAUGGAGAAUAUUCUGAAGCAAGCUCUGAAGACAGAAAUGAAUAUUCUGCACAAGAAGAAGGGGAAAAUGGUGAGUUUGAAGAAGACGGGUAUAGUGGGGCUGAUGGAAAUCAAUUGGAAGAAGAUGGUCUAACUUUAGAUGCUGGAUACGAAAUUCCUCGUUCUUCAGAAAGUGCUAGAAAUAAUAAUGUGGUUGAAGAAGCUGGUUCCUCAGGAUCAUCCUCUGAGAGUCAAAGAUUGACACAGACUGUGUCUCCAUCAGUUUCUUCCCAGAAAUUUGGUUCCCUCUCUGCACUGGAUGCCCGACCAAGCUCCAUUUCAAAAAUUAUGGGGGAUGAGUUGGAGGAAGGGGAAAUUGCAGUAUCUGGCGAUUCUCACAUGGAUCAUCAACAGUCGGGAAGUUGGAUUCAUGAUCGUGAUGAGGGUGAAGAUGAACAAGUUUUGCAGAAACCCAAGAUUAAGCGUAAACGUAGCCUUCGUGUUCGUCCCCGACAUGCCAUGGAAAGGCCCGAGGACAAGUCUGGCAGCGAGAUGGUAUCUCUUCAACGUGGAGAAUCAUCUCUUUUGGCAGAUUAUAAAUAUCAAAUGCAAACGAGGAUUGAUCCGGAAUCAAAAUCAUUUGGAGACUCCAAUGCCAGCAAGCAUGAUAAGAAUGAAUCAUCAUUAAAAAAUAAGCAAAAGCUACCUUCAAGGAAAGUAGCUAAUACAUCCAAAUUACAUGGAUCACCCAAGUCUAAUCGAUUGAAUUGCACAUCUGCUCCUUCAGAGGAUGGUGGUGAACACCCUAGAGAAAGCUGGGAGGGGAAGUCUAUCAAUCCAAAUGGAUCUUCAGCUCAUGGGAGUAAGAUGACUGAAAUCAUCCAGAGAGGGUGCAAAAAUGUAAUUAGCAAGCUCCAAAGGAGAAUUGACAAGGAAGGCCAUCAAAUAGUACCUUUGCUAACUGAUUUGUGGAAGAGGAUUGAGAAUUCUGGGCAUGCAGGAGGAUCUGGUCACAAUCUGUUGGAUUUACGGAAGAUUGACCAGCGGAUUGAUAGAAUGGAUUAUAACGGAGUAAUGGAGCUUGUAUUUGAUGUGCAGUUCAUGUUGAGGGGUGCAAUAAAUUUCUAUGGAUACUCAUAUGAGGUAAGAACUGAAGCAAGGAAGGUUCAUGAUCUCUUUUUUGAUAUCUUGAAAAUUGCAUUUCCAGAUACAGACUUCGUAGAAGCAAGAAGUGCACUUUCUUUCUCUAGCCAAAUUCCUGCCAACACCGUAGCAUCUCCAAGGCAAGUGACAGUUGGCCCAAGUAAAAGGCACAGAUUGACCAACAAUGAUGUGGAAACUGAUCCUAGCCCUUCACCAAAGCCACCACAAAACGGUGAAAAUGUCAGGUCCAAAGGCCAUCUGCCACAUAAGGACUCAAGAACCGGAAGUGGCAGCGGUUGUGGUGGUGGUGCGCGUGAGCAACCUCAGCAGGAUAGCCUUGCUCAUCCAGGUGCAUUGGUUGUGUGCAAGAAAAAGAGAAAUGAAAGGGAAAAAUCAUUGGGGAAGGCUAGGACUGGUGGAUCAGCAGGUCCUGUCUCUCCAUCAAGUGCUAUGAGAAGUCCAGGGUCAGGCUCAACCCCGAAGGAUGCUAGAUUGGCUCAACAGGGAUGGGGUAGCCAGCCAUCUCAGCACUCAAAUGGGUCUGGUGGGUCAGUUGGUUGGGCAAAGCCAGUAAAGCGUUUAAGGACAGAUUCUGGUAAGAGGAGACCAAGCCAUAUGUAG